CCCCCCACUGCGCAUGUCACUUUCUGUCAGCAGUUGACUGACAGAGGUGAACUCAGUCUUGUUUUGGUGGGAAAAUUACGGAUAUGCCAUUCGGAAACUGACGGGAAAUUUAAGAACUGUCCCAAAUGUAUAGUCGGUGAACAUAGUUACUAGGAGAGCAAUGGUAUAUUGCAAGCCUUAGGAGCCGUCUGCGUUGCUGCGCGCUAGCUUGAUAGCAUUCCCGCGGUGGCCGACUUCCGACUUGAAAUGGAGGAGCGAGAAGUUGAGUUGUGCGGCUCUUGGAUUUGAGUCCCUACUCUGUGCCCGCAGUUCUCGCUAGACGGCCGUUUUCUUUUCCCUCCUUCCCUCUUCCUCCUCGCCUCGACGGAGAGCAGAAUGGCGGCGGCGGCCCCCAACCCGGAGGACUCAACCCGGAGUAGCGGCGGCGGCGCUACAGUUUGCGGCGCUCCAAGCUCCCUGGCCGCGGACGGCGACGCGGAAGAGGCCGAAGACUUCGCGUCGUCCCCCCAUUGCUCGGAGCUGUCGCGGCGGCAGAACGAGCAACGCAAACAGGGCAUGUUCUGCGACGUCACCCUGGCUUUCAGUAGCGGCGCGGCGGCAGGCGGCCACCAGACGUGCGAGUUCGCGGCCCAUCGCUCGGUCUUGGCCGCCGCCACCGACUACUUCACGCCGCUGCUGGGCGGCCACUUCUCCGAGUCGCUCUCCGGCCGCGUCGACAUGAAGGAGUGGAGCUCCGAAACGGGGCCCGAUCCCGAGACUGUGGAGAGCGUCAUCCAGUACAUGUACACGGGGGAAAUUCGCGUCAGCACCUGCAACGUGCACGAAGUCCUGGAGCUGGCUGACAGAUUCCUAUUGGUGCAACUGAAGGAGUUCUGCGGCGAGUUCCUGAAGAAGAAGCUGAGCCUGAGCAACUGCAUGGCGGUGCACAGCCUGGCGCACAUGUACACGCUGGACCAGUUAGCCUUGCGGGCGGCCGACAUGAUUCGCCGCAACUUCCAUAAGGUGAUUCAGGACGAGGAAUUCUACACGCUGCCGUUCCACCUGGUGCGCUACUGGCUGUCGGAUGACGAGAUCACGGUGGACUCUGAAGAGGUGCUCUUCGAGGCGGUGGUCAAGUGGGUGCAAAAGCUGCCCGAGGAGCGAGGCGACUACUUCGAGGAGCUCUUUCGCCUGCUCAGGCUGCCUCAAAUCAAGCCCUCCUAUCUGACCCAGGUGGUGAAAAAGGAGCGGAUGGUGGCGUCCAACGAGGCGUGCCUGCGCCUGGUGUCGGAGGCUGUGGAAGGCUACGCCAUCCGUUUCGAGAAUUUCAAAAUGGCCGAGUUGGAGCCUUGGUCUUCAUACGCCGCAACCUUCAAGCCGCGCUUCGGCCAGAACAUGGACGUGAUCAUGGUGGUGGGCGGCGUGUCGGAGGGCGGGGACUACUUGAGCGAGUGCGUGGGCUACUUUGUCUACGAGGACCGCUGGGUCAACCUGCCGCACAUCCACAACCACCUGGACGGCCACGCCAUCGCCACCACCGACUCGCACGUCUACGUUGCCGGCUCCAUGGAGCCGGGAUUCGCCAAGACGGUGGAGCGGUACAACCCCAACUGCAACACCUGGGAGCAGGUGAGCAACCUGACUACCCGCAAGCACUCGUUCGGCCUCACUCGCAUCAAGGACAUCCUGUACAGCAUCGGCGGCCACGGCAACUUCAGCCCGGGCUUCAAGGAUGUCAGUGUGUACGAGCCCGAGCAGGACAAGUGGCACAACUUGGAGUCGGCACCCAAGAUCCUGCGCGACGUCAAGGCGGUCAGCGUGGAGGACCGCUACGUCUACGUGACUGCGCGAACACCUGUGGAUACUGACAAAGACGACGGGCUGAAGACGGUCACCACCCGCUACGACACUGACAGUCACCAGUGGCAGGACGUGGACUCACUGCCGCUGAUUGACAACUACUGCGUGUUCCAAAUGGCGGUGGCCGCCACAAACUUCUACCACACAGCCUCCUGCUGCCCCAAAAGCUACACCGAGCGGGAUGAGGUGGCCCGUCAGAAAAUCGGCGCCCGCGUCCCAGAUGAAAUCUUGGAAAGCCUUCCGCCCGAAGUGACCAGCAUCGAGGGGGCCGCCGUCUGCCACUUCGACGACGACGUCUUCAUCAUCGGCGGCUGGAAGAACAGCGACGACGUGGACAAGCAGUACCGCAAAGAAGCCUAUCGCUACUGCGCCGAGCGCGGGCGCUGGAUGCUUCUGCCACCCAUGCCGCAACCGCGAUGCCGCGCCACAGCCUGCCACGUACGUGUUCCCUACCGCUUCCUGUACGGCUGCCAGCGCUACCCCAUGCCGCAGAACCUGGCCCGCCAGCGGGAUCGCAUGCAGCAGAUGCAGCAGCUGCACCGCCGCACGCUCACCCUGCGCAGGCAGCUGCAGUCGCAGAUCGAGUGCUGAGCUGAUCUACGCCAUCUUGCUUUCUAGUCACUUUUUUUUCCCGCUACCAAACAGUAUGUACGCUUUGGAUUGUAAUUCACCACGAGUUCAAUUUUUGCAUUCCGAAGGGACAAUUCUCUGACCAAUCCUUAGUAAUCAUUCCCUGUUUUCGCUAUAGUUUGAAGAAAGACAAUUCGCGCAGUCUCCAGACUCACUAAAUCAGAGCUGAGGGGGAAAAAAUGGCCUAAUAUGUUUAGUGUAUGCAGAUAAUCUGGGAUAUUUUUGUUUUUCUUUCUAUGGCAAUGCUAAUACCGAACAGAAGUGUAUUCCUCUUGGGAAACGAGCCUGCUCUUGAAGUUUUCACUCGCUCGUCCGCAUGGAAGAAUAACUUUUCGUAAGUCACCGGCCUGCACCGAGCCAUCCAUUUAUUUGUGAUUUAAUCAUUGCUUCGGUAGUGGAACACUGCUAGUUCUCACUCAACUAAACGCUGUGCUAUGUUGUGGCGUCUGCCACUUUUUGUAAGCCAUGUAGAAGGAUGUGCCGAAUGUAUGUUAAUAAGAGCGGCAAUGCUGAAAUCAUAUCUUGACGAGAUGUUUAUGUGUCUGUUGGUGAACAACUUAAAGCUGUUUAUAUAUUUGACAUUCCUCUGUGGCGAGUUCCGAGACGGAGGCUUUGUUCCAUUUGUAAACACUGUGACAAUCUCUUCACGCAAGCGUGUCAACUCUUCUAGUGCCAUAAUCGCUUCUGUGCAGCCUCACUAACGAGAUGUUCCAUUCCCACCAUCUUAUACAUUAUACUUGGAGUAUUUGAUUUGUUUUUCUCUUGAAGAUGUAAUGAAGGCAUUCCAGUUCUUAUUAGAGAACCAGUCAUUCCUUUUGUGCCAAAAGAGCACUUUUGUUCCUAUCAAAGUCUUAAGCAGUUAAACAUUGACGUUGCAUCUUGAAAAUGGGUUCCAUUUCAAAUUUAGUACAGAAAAUUGUGAUGUUUUUUGUUUGUUCUCACUCUGCUGCUGCUGUCGUUUCUCGGGCCAAGUUUACGAGAUUUUGCAAUGCUUCGUUUUACUUGUAUGUUUGUUCGCAUUCCUCUCCAAAGAGACUUGAAAAUAAAGACAUCAGCAAAGUUAU